AUGCCUGACAACAAAUCUACUACAAAGUCCACCUCGGCAUUAGUCUCUGCGACUAUUCGUGAACAUACCGCGCCGCUGACCCAACGAACUGAAGCCAUCGUCUCGGCUUCACAAUCGAUAGAUGCGCAAAAACGAACUCUGGUUCAAGGCACGCAAAAACUUUCGCGACAAGCAGAAGAGCUCGAGAAGACCAUAGGUCAAAGCGUUGGUCAGCUGAAGGAGAUGGGUGAUCUUCAGAACUGGGCCGAAGUUGUGUUUCGAGACAUCUCUGUGCUUGAGGAAACUUUGAGAAUGGUUGAAGAAGAGGAAGUCGGCGACGAUCAG